AUGGCAUCAGGGCAAGGUGGGCGGCCCAUGCCAGCCGGGGCGGUUGCGGGCUCGUCGGGUCUGGCUAAACCGCUCUACCUGCAACGUUUGGAGCGUUCCCUGAGGCUGGACAGCUUCUUGCACCAAACGUCUGCCAUUUUCAACCAAGACAUCACCAGUGAUGACAGUGACGACAGUGAUGGCGCUCUGGGCUCCAGCCUCUCCAUUGAACCUUUGACGGUGAAGAGGGAGCCCUCUGACCAAGAGGACGCCUUUGCUGAAAGCAAGCCCCUUAAUGGCGUUCUUCUGCCAGACCAAAAGACAGACAAAGCAAACCUGUACAAUUUCUCUAAAAUGAAGAAGAACCGGAAAUGGUUGAAGAGCUUGUUGUUGAGCGACAACACUACCGACUCAGACACAGACUCGGACGACUCGGACUUCAGUUUGUCACGCGACGAGUUGCACGACAUGCUGAGGUUGCACCGCUACACCAGGCAACAUCAGAGCAAGUUUCACACAGACCGUGAGCUUCAGCAGUAUCAGUUCUACAGCACGGGCCUACUUUCCAGUCAAGACCUCUUCUAUGAGCAACAGCGCCACUUCCUGGGUCCGAAGAAGAAGAAAAUCAAAGAGGAGAAAAAAUUCAAGGCCAAGCUGAAGAAAGUGAAGAAGAAAAAGAAACGUGGCGACGGCGAAUUUUCAGAUGAGGGCAUUCCUUACAUUGCCAAGACCUUUGCCAAGUUCUCCCAGGAUGCACCGGCGCCCAUGAUGAAGAAGAAGCAUCUAAGCGUGGAGCAGCUGAACGCGCGCCGACGCAAGGUGUGGCUCACCAUUGCGAAGAAGGAGAUCCCCAAGUCCUUCAAGCAGAAAACAUCUGCUAAGAACCUGGUGUUGACCAAUGCUAAAAAGUUGGCCCACCAGUGCAUGCGAGAAGUAAGACGCGCAGCCAUCCAGGCGCAAAAAAACUGCAAGGAGACGCUGCCUCGUGCCCGGCGCCUCACCAAGGAGAUGAUGCUCUACUGGAAAAAGUACGACAAGGUGGAGAAAGAGCACAGGAAGCGAGCAGAGAAAGAGGCGCUGGAGCAACGUAAACUGGACGAGGAGAUGAAGGAGGCCAAGCGUCAGCAACGUAAGCUCAACUUCCUCAUCACGCAGACAGAGCUCUACGCUCACUUCAUGAGCGGGAAAGCCUCCGAAGGCUCGCCAGGGGGCGAUGAUGCUCAAGAGGAGAUUCUAAAAAAGCUGGAUGACACCAGCUCACGACGGCAGAUCGACAUCGGGGGCGGCGUGAUGGUCAACGUAGGACAGGAGGACUAUGAUAGUGAAUACUACAAGUCUCAGGCCCUGAGGAACGCACAGGAGGCCUACCAUAUCCAUCAGCAGAGAACGCGUAUGUUCGAUGAAGACUCCCACGACAGUCGCUGCGCGUCCUCCUCUGCGGCCGCCGCUUCAGGAUUUGGCGAAAGCUACAGUCUGUCCAAUCCGUCUAUCCAAGCCGGAGAGGACAUCCCGCAGCCUACAAUCUUCAACGGCAAGCUUAAGGGCUACCAGCUUAAAGGCAUGAACUGGCUAGCCAACCUCUAUGAACAAGGUAUUAAUGGCAUCCUAGCAGAUGAGAUGGGGCUUGGGAAAACUGUCCAGAGUAUCGCCCUGUUGGCCCACCUGGCAGAGAGAGACAACAUCUGGGGUCCCUUUCUCAUCAUCUCUCCCGCAUCCACGCUUAACAAUUGGCAUCAGGAGUUCUCCCGCUUUGUGCCCAAAUUCAAGGUGUUGCCGUAUUGGGGUAACCCUCAUGAUCGCAAAGUUAUUCGUAAAUUCUGGAGUCAGAAGACGCUCUACACUCAAAACGCACCGUUCCACGUGGUGAUCACCAGCUACCAGCUGGUGGUCCAGGAUGUCAAGUACUUCCAGAGGGUCAAGUGGCAAUACAUGGUUCUGGAUGAAGCUCAGGCAUUGAAAAGCAGUACAAGUGUGAGGUGGAAGAUCCUUCUGCAGUUCCAGUGUCGGAACAGGCUGCUCCUCACAGGGACGCCUAUCCAAAACACAAUGGCAGAGCUGUGGGCCCUGCUUCACUUCAUCAUGCCCACAUUGUUCGAUUCUCACGAGGAGUUCAACGAGUGGUUUUCCAAGGACAUCGAGAGUCACGCCGAAAACAAGUCGGCCAUCGAUGAGAACCAACUUUCACGACUGCACAUGAUCCUCAAGCCUUUCAUGCUACGCAGGAUCAAGAAGGAUGUGGAGAACGAGCUCUCAGAUAAGAUCGAGAUCCUGACAUACUGUCAGUUGACGUCUCGGCAGAGGUUGCUUUACCAGGCUCUGAGGAACAAGAUCUCCAUUGAGGACCUGCUGCAGUCUUCCAUGGGCACGGCCCAGCAGUCCCACAGCACCACGUCGUCGCUCAUGAAUUUGGUCAUGCAAUUCAGGAAGGUGUGCAAUCACCCUGACUUGUUCGAGCGCCAGGAGACACGCUCUCCUUUCCACAUGUCCCUCAUGCCAUACGCCUUGUCCAAGUUUCUUUACCGUCAUGGCCUCCUUCAUACUCACAAUCAGGCCAUAAACAAGUCACUGCGAGUGCUGCUGUCUCCCUUUUCCCCAAAUCACAUUCAACAGUCGCUCUUUCACAGGAAAGGUGACGACAAAGGAAACUGUUUUUCCUUCCUGCGCUUCAUUGAUGUGUCGCCGGCCGAGAUGUCCAACCUUAUGCUACAAGGCACUUUAGUCAGGUGGUUAGCCCUUUUUCUGUCCCUGAAGGCGGCGUACCGGCUUCAUUGUCAGCGGCUGUUUUCCCUCCAGGAAGAAGGCGGCGGAGAGGAGCGGGGUACGUCGCGGUCCAGGAGUCUGUCUCGCAAAGACCUCCUUCUGUGGAUACACAGACCUGCCGCUUUCCCCAACACACAAACCAGCCCCGUGCUUCGGAACCUGGUCUUCACGGCCCUCAGACCAGGUAUGGUCGGUCACACUGAUGUGACCAUCCACUGCCGACGCUCUGCCACCUCCCGGCUGUGGCUAUGCCAACCCUCGCUACCGCCUAAGUUUCUGCUCGCAGCCACACCGAGGGUGACGGCUGUUCCCAUGGAGCGCUACUGCGCCGACCGAAGUGCUGAGCACGAGUGGCGGGUGAUGCGCGCUGGAGGUGGAACAGUCUUUAAAGAAUGCUUCCUCUAUGGCACGCCAGACCUGGCAAUUGACUGGCGGCGAAGAGCUGGCGCUUUUUACCCGCAACAGCCCGGUGGCGUGAUGGGUGUUUUCCCUCAGCAUGGCUGGUCAUACAUUCGGAUACCAGAUAAGGAGAGUCUAAUCACGGAAAGUGGCAAACUUCACACCCUGGAUAUCCUGCUGAGUCGACUAAAGGCCCAGGGACACAGAGUCCUCAUCUAUUCCCAGAUGACCCGCAUGAUCGACCUGCUCGAGGAAUACAUGGUAUACCGCAAGCACACUUACAUGCGCCUUGACGGAUCUUCAAAGAUUUCCGAGCGCAGAGACAUGGUGGCAGAUUUCCAAAGUCGGACAGACAUCUUUGUCUUCCUGCUCAGUACCAGAGCCGGUGGACUCGGCAUUAACCUGACUGCCGCAGACACUGUCAUCUUCUACGACAGCGACUGGAACCCUACCGUUGACCAGCAGGCUAUGGACCGGGCCCACCGGCUGGGUCAAACCAAGCAGGUGACCGUGUAUCGACUCAUCUGUCAGGGGAGCAUCGAGGAGCGUAUCCUGCAGCGGGCCAAGGAGAAGAGCGAGAUCCAAAGGGUGGUAAUAUCUGGAGGUAACUUCAAACCUGAUACGCUUAAACCCAAAGAGGUGGUCAGCCUCCUGCUGGAUGAUGACGAGCUGGAGAAGAAACUGCGUCAGAGACAGGAGGAGAAGCGACAGCAGGAGGAGAGCAGCAAGGUGAAGGAGCGCAAAAGGAAGAGGGAGAAAUACGCUGAAAAAAAGAAGACGGAGGAAUCUGAGAGCAAGAAGAGGAAGGAGGCCAACUUAGUAUUAUUGCACGCGCCCUCAGCUGACAAUUCCAACUUGUCGGCGGAUGGGGACGACUCCUUCAUCAGCGUGGAGAUGGACUCCGCCAUGCCCAGCCCGUUUAGCGAGAUCUCGCUGAGCAGCGAGCUCCAGCCCGGGUCGCUGCCGCCGGACGCUGACGAGAGCAGCAACGACAUGCUAGUCAUCGUGGACGAGCCGCUGUCCUCUGCGCAGCAGUCGCGCGCCACCAACUCCCCCGCCUCUGUGUCGGGAUCUGUCUCGGACAACAUGAACGGCAUUUCAACAGACACCAUCAGUCCUGGGAGAGGGCGGUCCGGCAGGAGUAGAGGGCGCCCUAAAGGAUCUGGAGGCGGGCCCAAAUCUGGAGGUAAAGGGCGCGGGCGUAAGUCAACGGCGGGAAGCGCGGCAGCAAUGGCGGGGGCAAUGGCUGGUGCGGCGGCAGCCUCUGCAGCAGCGUAUGCCGCGUACGGAUACAGUGUUUCUAAAGCAGGCCUGUCCGUGUCAAACCCCCUGCAGCCUUCCGUGGGUCGUUCUGGCAGCAGCCCUGCCUUUAACCCCGCUAGAGGCUCCUCUCCGCAAACCAAGGGCAUAGGCGCAUCCACAGCUCCAUGCCCAGGCAAGCAGCUGCUUCAUGGCCAACAUAACCUUGUCAGGAAGAGCAAAUGACCACAGCGAUACACUCAUCGGAGUUCUGAGUGCACUCCCACUAUACUACUCAACUGA